GCUUUCGACCUCGCAGGCCCCGGGGAAGUCCUGGCCGAGCUUCCUGCCUUCAGUUCCCUUCCCAUGUCGGUCAGGUUUAAUUUGGGACCUGGUAGGAUGUAGGAGGAGUUCGAAUUUCCCCUCCUUCCGGUACUCCCGGCUUUCAUUUAUCAGCACUAACCUUUAUUUGUCAUUGUCCCUAACCUUGUUUGACUCCUUCUGGAACACUUUGGUCCUGCUGGUCCUGACUGAUGGCCCUGUCAUCUGUGAACCUUGCAGUCUUUCUGUCAUCCCUCCUCCUCCUCCUCCACGAGUUAUGAGUACCCUGAGCAACAGCAGACCUUGCCUGGAAUGUGUGAUAGAUGAAGAGAAGCAGCGCGGUAUUUUGGUAGCUUUCUCAUCACACACUCCAUUUUUAAAGGAGAGGGAGUGAAAACUCACCAAGAUCAACUCAUAUGUAGAAUGUUGUGAGUCUGUGAAGCACCUUAGCAGUUUCUUUCACUCUUCCUAGAAGGCCAGGUGUCACAGGAAAACUUCACUUUUUUGUUACAAGAAUUAAGUGGCAUCCAGAAACGGCAGCGGAUUACCGACCUUCUGCUGAGUGGAUGGCAGCACCAUUAAAAAUGUCUCUUCCUUCCUGGAAAUUCAGCAAAGAAUUAGCGUGCCCGGGCUGUUGGAUCUCUUCCGUGUUAAUGGAUAAUAUUUGAUAUGUGCCCUGUAAAUCCUGCCCUGGGACUCUCUGACCGGUGGGGUGCCUGAUGCCUGUAAUCCCCAUUCCCCGCCGGGUCCGUUCGUUCCACGGCCCCCACACGACCUGCCUGCAUUCGGCCUGUGGCCCGGUAAGGACCACUCACUUGGUGCGCACCAAGUACAACAAUUUCGACAUCUAUCUCAAAUCCCGAUGGAUGUACGGAUUCAUCCGUUUCCUGCUGUACUUCAGCUGCAGCCUGUUUACCUCCAUCCUCUGGGUGGCACUCUCUAUCUUGUUUUGCCUUCAGUACCUUGGCAUCCGGAUCUUUCUGCGUUUCCAGUACAAACUCUCCAUCAUCCUCCUCUUACUGGGGCGAAGGCGGGUAGACUUCAGCCUCAUGAAUGAACUGCUCAUCUAUGGAAUUCAUGUGACCAUGCUGCUAGUAGGGGGGCUGGGAUGGUGUUUCAUGGUAUUUGUGGAUAUGUAAAUAAAACAAGCGCAUGUGGGCCGAGAAGGUGA